GGUGGGGGAGGGGGCGUUGAAGCCAGGGUGAACGAUGGGAUGGGCCUCUCGUCGUGCUCAUCCACCUCUACGGAGUACUCCGUACGCACAGCUCCCGCUUCAGCCUUCCGACGGUUUCCCCUUUUGGGCGUUCAAUCUGCUCUUAUUAUUGCCUUAUCAUUUUUCGAAACCCCCUUCCAGCGUGUAAGUACGACGUACCGACACGCCGUUCGAUUCUCCUUUUGGCGCCGUUUCGUAUUGGUCAAUUAUUUUCCGUCCUUCGCUCAAAGAUCGAUAGAACCCCGCCACGUCCGUCUGCUUACACGAGGUAUCCCCGUCUCGGAACCCCGUCAGGAGGUCUUGGUUCUGGUUGCUGGGUCCUUGGGAGGGAGCUUGCCUGUGCUGCUGUCCGAAGCCUUUGCGAAAUAUUCAUCACCUUUUUUUUUUUUUUUGUAGUUAUAAACAUAAUUAGCCUCACUCUCCCCGCCGUUCUUUUCUUUCGUUGAACCCUCUUCUCCCGCACCCGGUUCGCCUCCCCUGUUUUGC